CGGGACUGGUCGACUACUGGCACUUCACGGCCGACGCGACGUACAACAACGACACCGAGGCCGCGCUCAUCUUCCAGGCCAACCAGCCCGACAACAACUACAUGCCGCCCAACUGGACGGCGUCGCUGGGCAACGACGAUCAGGGGUUCUGGGGCAUGUCGGCCAUGCUGGCCGCCGAGACAAACUUCCAGAACCCGCCCGCCGGCCAGCCCCAGUGGCUCGCCCUGGCGCAGGCCGUGUUCAACACCCAGGCCGAGCGCUGGGACACGGCGAGCUGCGGCGGCGGCCUGCGCUGGCAGAUCCCCCUGUCCAACAACGGCUACGACUACAAGAACACCAUCACGGCCGGCAUCUUCUUCAACAUUGCCGCCCGCCUCGCCCGCUACACGGCCAACGCCACCUACGCCGACUGGGCCGUGCGCACCUGGGACUGGGUCGAGGCGGUGGGGUACAUCGACGCCGACUACAACAUCUUUGAUGGCGGCCACGUCGAGAACAACUGCACCGACAUCAACCCGGCCCAGUUCUCGUACAUUGCCGCCAUCUUUGUGCAGGGCCUGGGCUUCAUGUACAACUACACACACGGCGACGACCUGUGGGGCAACCGGCUGCGCGGCCUUACGAACCACACGCUCAACUACUUCUUCCCAUCUGGGAUCGCCGUGGAAGCAGCGUGCGAACUGCCCAACCUCGUGCAGUGCACGACCGACAUGCUAUCCUUCAAAGGCUACCUGCACCGCUUCCUCGCGCAAACGACCCAAAUGGCCCCGUUCACGCGCGCCACGAUCCUCCCCGUGCUCCGCUCGUCGGCGCAGGGCAUGGCGAGCGCGUGCGACGCGGCGUCCGGCGUGUGCGGCUUCCGCUGGAACACGGACAAGCCGGACGGCCUCGUCGGCGCCGGCCAGCAGAUGAACGCGCUCGGCGCGCUGGUCGGCCAGCUGCUGGUGCUCGAGGAGACGAGCGCCACUGGCGCAGACAAGGCCCCGCUGACCAACGCCACCGGCGGGACGAGCGUCGGCAACCCCGCGGCGGGCGGCAACCCGUCUGUGGACCCUGUCGUGCUGCCUAUCACGGAGAAGGACCGCGCGGGCGCCGGGAUCCUGACGGCGCUCGUCUUGGUGUCGAUGGUGGCAGCGCUGCUGUGGAUGAGCUCUGCCGCGAACGAGGGCCCGAACCGCUGGGAGCAGGACCAGCGUGCUGCGGAGGCGGCCGCGAGUGCCAGGAGCUCCGUCAUGACGAGGGCGUCGAUGCUCGCGCCGCCGCCGGGCGCGGCCACGGGCAUCGCCAUGGCGGAUGUCGGCGCCGCGCGCAAGCUCGAGCAUGAGCGCCGGUCGCUGCCGCAGGGCGUCGCGUGACGUGUGUCAUGUGGCGUGGCGAGGUUGUGGGUGGGUGGCGGCCGGUUGGUUGGCAUAUCAUCCAUCCAUCCAUCAUCCAUCCAUCCAUCCAUCCAUCCAUCUAUCCAUCUAUCUAUCCGUCUAUCUAUCUAUCUAUCCAUCCAUCCAUCCAUCUAUCCAUCUUUCUACUGGGCUGGGUUUUGUGUGUUUUCUUGGGACUCCGGGUUUCGUCCACGGGAGCGGCGGAUUUACGUCGACGGGCGUUCUCAUAUUUUGUGCCAUUUACUCGCGGAUUUGGUUGGGUUUGGUUUGGGUCUAUUCUUUUUCUAGGUGCCCCAGG